AUGUAUGAGUUGGGAAAGCUGCUGCAUGAACAAGGUAAGCAAAAAGCCCAUACUCUUGACUGGCACAGACUGACAGGCUCAGCUGAGGCCGUCAGAGACCUUCAGCUCAUCAGAUCUCUUGAUUUCCUGCCUCCGAAGCAGAAAGAUCAGAGACAUGAAAGAAGUGUAAGCUACUUCUCCGAGACCGCGAAAAGUAGAUUUGCAGACGUUUACGCCUUCGCAUCUGAGAAUUACCGUUGCCUGCCACCAGAGCAAGGUGUGGAAUUGGACCAGGUCAGGGAAUUCUUGCGCACUUUCCUCCCAUCCAAGAUAUCCUGGACGAACGAGGAGAAAAAGGCCAGGGCUGAAUUCUACCAAGACCCAAACAUUAAGUACAAGCCACAGAAGCUAUCUGCAAGUGCCGAUCGUCUGGCGAGAUUCCUCGUGGCAAUGUCUGGAGCUUUGUUCAUUCUCGUGCCGAUGUACAUUAUGGUACUGCACAACAGUCAGACGACGAAUCUGGUGGCGACCACGGUGGCUGUCAUACUCUUCGCGGUGAUGUGUUCGAUCACCAUGCGAGCGACCAACGAUCAGACUCUGGGUGCAACAGCAGCGUACGCGGCAGUGCUUGUUGUGUUCGUCGGCUUGACAUCCUGA